UUGCUGAAAAUGAUAAAAUUGCUGCAAUGCUGCUUAUGAUAAAUUCCAGAAAUCCCUAUUAUUUUAAUCCACACUGACAUCUCUGCAUGCCCUCAUGUUCAAGCAACCAGACAGCUCUAUAUGUUGCAUGUAUCAGUCUGAUGAUGUCAGGUGUACGCUCAUAAUGCGCUACAGAGUGAUGCUCUCCUCAUGUUAACAAUUGUUCCAGCGUGUUUUUUCGCUCUGGUUUGAUGGACCACCCCUCACUGCGGUGCAGUAGUGGAGGAUAAAUAUAUCCCCCACCUCCUCCACCUCCUCCUCCUCCUUCUCCUUUCGUUGAGUCCGCAACAUCCCGACUGGCCGUGGCUGAUCGCAGGGAGCGGCAGCGGCAAAAAGCCCCCACAAGACGGAUGAAUUAGAAAAAAACAACGCCUCCCCCCUUUUCCUUUCUUUAUUUUACACAGAGAAGAGUCGGGCUGUAAACGCUGCUGCUUGUCUUGACACUGUGAAGCGGAUACAAGGCUUCCAGUGUGCAGAUUCACCAUGGGGAUCAAGGCUGCCCUCCCCAAAUAUGAGCUGUAUCUCUACAGAGCCGUUCUUGUCGGGGCCUUGAUAUGGGCAGGCAGUUGGAUAUUUGAAGCUUCAAGUGAUAAUGUAAACAGAAAGGCCUUCAAAGAUAAUGUGAAACCAGGAUGGCAUUACUUUGGCAGGAAAAUGGAUGUUGCGGACUUCGAGUGGAUGAUGUGGUUCACUACAUUCCGCAAUCACAUCCUAUUUGCUCUCGUUGGUCACGUUAUCUUUGCCAAGAUAUUCACCGUGAUAGCUCCAAAGAUUGGUAUAGAUGGAUGUAAGCACAGAUCCUUGAUCUUUGGUGUGUACGGCGGUUUGGCCGUCCUGGUGACGAUGGGCUGGACCUUCAUGGCUCUGGUUCUGUCUCACUGCAUCAUCAUCUACAGCGUCGCUCUGGUCAAGAGCAAGUGGUUGAGCUUUGCAGCCGGCCUGGCAACAUUGGCCUCCAUCAAGCUGGAGCCUUAUAACUCCUGGCAGGAAUCCUUGGUGACGGGCUCCUUUGACCUGCAAGACAUCCUGUUCUACGGCGGCUGUGGCUUCAGCAUCAUGCGCUGCAUGAGCUUCGCUUUGGAGAACUGCGAGAAAAAGGAUGGAAACUACACGUUCGCUGACCUGAUGAGAUACAACUUCUACCUCCCCUUCUUCUUCUUCGGACCCAUCAUGACCUUUGACAGGUAUCACGCACAGGCGAACAACACCCAACUGACACGUAAGGAGAGAGAGAUGUGGAACAUCACCACCAAGGCUUUGGUGCAUCUGGGAGCAAUUUUGGUGGUGGACAUCUUCUUCCACUAUCUCUACAUCCUGACAAUCCCCAGUGACAUGAAGCUGGUCACCAAGCUCUCCGACUGGUGUCUGGGUGGUCUGGCUUAUUCCAACCUGGUGUAUGACUGGGUGAAAGCAGCCAUGAUGUUUGGUGUCAUCAACACUGUGGCUACACUGGACCAUCUGGACCCUCCUCAGCCCCCCAAGUGUAUCACCAUGCUCUAUGUCUUCGCUGAGACGCACUUUGACAGAGGCAUCAAUGACUGGCUGUGCAAGUAUGUUUAUGAUUAUAUCGGUGGGGAUCAUGACAAAAUCUUCAAGGAGCUCCUCGCAACCAUCUGCACUUUUGCCGUCACCACCCUGUGGCUGGGGCCCUGUGAGGUGGUUUAUAUCUGGUCCUUCUUCAACUGCUUUGGCCUCAACUUUGAGCUGUGGGUCGCCAAGUUCUUCUCCUUCCCUCCAUUUUCUACUAUCGAGGGUGUGAUGGGUGAAGCCAUGUCCCGUAGGAUCAGGGGUGUUUUCAAUGCUGCCAACUUCUGGGCCAUCAUCCUCUACAACGUUCUCGCUCUGAACAGUUUGGAGUUUGCCAAACUGGUGGGAAGACGACUGAUUUUCAAAGGUUUCCCUCUGUCCACCCUCUCAGUCUUGUUGGUGACCUACUGUGGUGUGCAGCUGGUGAAAGAGAGAGAGAGGCAAGAAGCCCUGCUGGAGGACGCUGAGCUGGUGAAGCCAGUAGACGGAGGCAAAGAAAAGGCAGAAUAAAUAGACGGAGAAUCUGACUAUCACAGACGUCAUGGUCGACAGCCCCCCCUCACAUUGCUCCAUUCUUGGACUUGCGAACCGCACCGAAACCAGACUGUAACAUCCAGUCACUAUCUUUACCGUUCACAAGCCUGUUUUUGCUUUUGUUUGUCAGAAGCGAGGCAAUGUUUUGAACUGUGAAAAAAUCCUCAAGUGCACUUGCUGUAGAUAAUCGCCACAUCCUUUGGCACAAACCCACCGACUGUGCAUUUUAUAGAUUAUCUCAACUAAAGAUUAUUUAAGAAAGAAAGGCCUGCCACAUAUUUAUGAGGCUGAUACUAAAAGAAUAUAAAGAAAUGCCCUGUUGUAAAGGAACAGCGCUCUGUGUGGUUGUUUCCUGUCAUCAAUUUAGAUCUUUCUCUGAUCUUUUGACCUUUUAAUAAUCAUAUUCAUAUGAGUUUUCUCAUGUCAGAAGGUAUCUUAUUUUUGCCUUACACACAUCACAUCCCAGUUUGACAAUACUGAAAGGGUUAGAAACUUGAAGAAACUUGAAGCCAGGGUGCCACAUAUGAGCACAAUGAAGAAACAAACAUAGGGUGCUGUUAAUUUGUCACUUGACAAAUAUAUGAGUUCAUUUGUGCGGUAGCAUGUAUUUUGAAGGUGAUUAAGAAUGUAUAAGGUAUCUAUGAUUGUAAAAGAUUGAUUGUUGUCCGUUUGUUCAGACAGCUUUACAGUAUUAAAGAAGAUUUACUGUUGGUGUGACAUUUCGUCAUAUCGUCCUCCACCCUCAUUACAUGAUCCAGUGAAAGGCGAUCGGCGCAGCAGAGAAUAAAUAGGGUCAGUCCACUCCUGCCUGUCACUUAAACCUGCUGUGUGUCCUCUGCAGGAGGCAGAGGGAGGAGAGUCUGAUGCAGAGUGAAAUUCAUUUUCUCAAUUCUGAACUUUUUAUUGGUGAUGGUGUUCACUUCACAUGUCAGGUUCAUUAAAAAAAAGUUAAGAUUAUCAUUAAAACUUUCAAGUUAAGCUCAAGGUUUAUCAUGUUGCAUUGUUUUCAUUACAUGGUGAGGAGAUGGACAUGGAUAAUCUGCAUUAAAACCUUUUUAACAUUUUAUUUUGUUUAAUUGGAUGAAAAUGAUUUAAUAAGUUAAUAAACACUAUU